CUAUGAGCAGCGAGCAAACCGAACGGAGUGACGGCGAGUGCUGGACUGAAGCGGGUUAAACAUCGAGGAUGGGAAAUGUACGCUACGUUGUCUGAAGACUCUUUCCAGAUUGUGUUUGAAGAUCUUUGAAGUGAAAUGGCUUUAUUUAAGAACAACUUCUGGGGGGAGAAGAAUGCCGGCUUCGACGUACUUUACCACAACAUGAAGCAUGGCCAGCUGGCAACCAAAGAGCUUGCGGAGUUCGCCCGAGAGAGGGCGGCUAUCGAGGAGACUUACUCCAAAUCAAUGAGCAAGCUGUCUAAAAUGGCCAGCAAUGGAAGUCAGCUGGGGACAUUUGCGCCCAUGUGGGAUGUGUUCAGGGUGUCUUCAGACAAACUGGCCCUCUGUCACCUUGAGCUGAUGAAGAAAAUGAACGAUCUCAUCCGGGACAUCAACAAGUACGGAGAUGAGCAGAUCAAAAUUUACCGCAAGACGAAGGAGGACAUGGUGGGCACGGUGGAGGUGGUGCAGGCUCUGCAGGUCCAGAGCGGUCACCUUCAGAAGUCAAAGGAGGGUUACCAGGCCAAAUGUUUGGAACUGGAUCGGCUCAGGAAGGAAGGAGCUCCACAGAAAGAACUGGAGAAGAGGUUUCAAGAAAUCGAGGAGGCUCAUUUGCGACAGAUGAAACAGCUGAUUAAAAGUUACUCCCACUCCAUAGAGGACACCCAUGUCCAGGUGGGACAGGUCCAUGAGGAGUUUAAGCAGAAUGUGGAAAACAUCGGCAUCGAUACUCUGAUUCAGAAAUUCGCAGAACUGAAAGGCACGGGCAAAGACCGGCCAGCUCUGGUUGGGUUUGAGGAUUUCAUGACAACUUUGACUCCUGAAGGUGGGAAAAAGACUCGAACUAAAGCCUUCAGAAUCCCCGGACUCGGCAAGAGGGACAAGGAGCCGGACUCUACAGAUUCAGCUGUCGCAGACGCACUGAAUUCACCUCUGGAAGUGGACGAUGAGGGCUUCGUCAUCCGAGCUGACAGCACCCAGAAUGGCUGCGCUGAAGAAAAGGAGAACAACUUCUACUCCAGCGAUUCAGACUUCGACGACGAGGAGCCCAAGAAGUUUCACAUCAAAAUCAGGCCGGUGGCCGGCAACAAUCGUAGCAGCUCUGUUGCCACAGAGAAGGAGCUGAAAGCCACCGUGGGGGCGCUCACUCUGCCGCCCAACAGAGGAGCACGGCAGCAGGUUUCAGUCAAGUGGCAUCUCUCCAGAAACUCGAGCACAGCAGGAGUUCGACUAGAGGAGAGUGAGACUUCCUCUCAUCGAGAUGGAGAGCAGGAGAGCCUACGUAGGUCCACCUCCAGCCCGGAUCACAGCAGGUUAAGUUCAACGGCGUCGGGUUCAGACAGCCUUUUCGGACCGCCGCUGGAGUCGGCCUUCAAGUCCAAAAGCUUCGACAGUCGGAACCAGCUCAGAGAGCAGAACAUGUUUGGUGCCUCUGAAUAUGCUGCCUUCUCAUCGGACUCCUCCUCGCCGGAGAACGUUGAGGACUCCGGCCUGGACUCUCCCUCCCAUCAGGCUCUUGGGCCGUCCCCCGAGCUGGUGGGCUGGGCAGCCUGGCCCCCCGUGUCUCAGAGUAAAGRCCAGACUCAGACCCUGGGCCGACCUGCGGACCCUUUCCUCUCUGCGUUCCACGAGCCGUCCUCCGGACGCAGCUCCAACCCGCAGGUCGAGUCCGCCGGCGUCUGGUCGCGUCCGUCACGCGUCCCCCUGGAGGCGGACCCCUCCUCCGUGCGGUUCCCUGCUUUCCCUCAGACGCUGCCCCCGCCUGACGUGGAGUCGUCAGUGUGGAACUGCAAACAUAUCCCCCCCGAGGACCCCUUCCUCGCUGCGUUUGACAGGUCCAUCACCCAGGAGGUGUUGAACCUGUCUGACGCCUGGACACGCCCACCGCCCCGCCAYGCCCAGGAGCUCAGAGGGAAGGAGAUUCACGGGGACCCGUUUUCGGUCUCCCUCACCGACACGAAGACUCUGCCUGCCCCUUCUUCCUCCUCCUCAUCCUCCUCCUCUAAUCGCAAAGACAGAGACAGGAAGCGAGACCGCAGCCUCCCGCCUCCCGUCUCCACCGACGACCCGUUUGCGAUCACGAUGAUUGGCAGCCCGACGCACCAGUCCUCGCUGGCUGCAGCAGCUGGAACAAUCCCUCCACAUGGCAGCGCCAGGCCCGGGGGCGACGCAGGGUCCAGCUCUUUACCUACGGCUCAGCCUAAGAAGGAGACGCUGCACUGGAACUCUGCGCACAACCCGUUCAACGAGAGCGCUGGCUCCACUUCACAGGAAGUGGGAGUUAAAUCUGAAGGAGGAGCAGAGAGGAGGAAACACCGGUCAUCAGAGAGCGAGCCACGCAGGAACGCCCCUCCCCUCACCAGGCACUCGGGACCUCAGGAGGAUCUGUGUUUCUCUACAGACAAAGAUGAAGACUGUCUGGAUCUGAACACUCAGAUGAGCUGCAACAUGAGCGCUCACAAGGGUUCCAAACUGAACUACAGAGCGGACUCUUCUGAAGCCGUCACGUCGGUACCUCAGAAAGUGACCCGAGCCAAAGGGUCCUCCGCUCGACUCGGCGGCUGUGAGAGGUCGCGAUCGCUGUGUUCCUCCCCGCUGCCGGAGCCCAGCCCCUCCCUCACGUCCUCCUCCUCCUCCUCCAGCCCCAGCGAGUGGGGGGUGCAGAACCGAGCGCCCAGCCCUGCCCGAGCGGGUCAAGCCUCACCGCUGCCCUACCAGCAAAGGCCGUUGCACCUGUCCAGAGGUCCCAGCCCCAUUUCCCUCAGCACGCAGGACGCCUGGCCCGUGGCGGCAGCAGUAACAGAAUAUAUCAACGCCUACUUCAAAGGAGGACAGCACAACCGAUGUCUUGUGAAGAUCACAGGAGACCUCACCAUGUCCUUCCCAGCUGGAAUCACCCGGAUCUUCACCGCCAACCCCAACGUUCCCGUGCUCAGCUUCAGGCUGGUCAGCAUCUCAAGGGUGGAUCACUUCCUGCCCAAUCAGAAGCUGCUCUACAGUGACCCGUCUCAGAGCGACCCCGACACCAGAGACUUCUGGUUCAACAUGCAGGCUCUGCAGCUCCACCUGCAGAGAGAAGCCCAGCUCAACCCCCAGGCUUCGUACUACAACAUCGGCCUGCUCAAGUAUCAGACGUCCUCUCAGGACCCGGGUCGGGCUCCCCUCCUGCUGUCGGCGGAGUGCCAGCGGAGCGGCACGGUGACCCGGGUCUCCCUCGACUACCACUGCUGUCCCGCCACGGCGCCGUCCACCCAGCUCACCGCCGUCCAGGUGCUGCUGCCUCUGGACCACAGCRCCACGGAUCUGCAGUGCCAGCCGCCCGCCUCCUGGAACGCUGAGGAGAGAAGACUGCUGUGGAAACUCCCCAACCUUUCCCCGACCAAUCACAGCAAAGGUGUGUGUGUGUGUGUGUGUGUGUGUGUGUGUGCGUGGUACGUUUGGUUCUGUCUUUUUCUGAAGAAAAACUUUCCCUGUUGUGUUCUGUGUGCCUUUGUAAGCAGAAACUGCAAACUGAGCUCUUUUUUUUGUCUGAAAACAAUGAUUAUACUGAAGCUGAGUUGCCAUGAAACCAACAUAUUUAAGCUAUGUAAAUAAUGUAUCUUUAGUGCAACCUGAAGGAUCAAAGAAACAUGUUCAAAGGUCUACCAAACUGUAGGAAAAUAAAACUAGUUUAUAAAUCUGA